AUGGUUCCUGCCAGCAACUCCCCUGAGGAAGCUGUUCAGAGAUUUGAUGCUGGAGGAUAUCCCACCAUCUGCUCUCAGUGGGACAUCAGGUCUGCAAAUCAGAUGUAUCUCCAAAUUGGUUCAAGAAGAGGAACUGUGGAAAGAAGGAAUUGGAUUUUUCCAAACCCAGAAUUCAGGCAGGUAUUUCAAGACUAUAAUAGCACCUAUCAGGCCAGCACAUUAACAGAAAUACAAACUCAGAAAUACCAAUAUCCAGUCACUGGAAGAUCAAGAGGAUUUGGAUUUGUGCUUUUCAAAGAUGCUGCUAGUGUUGAUAAGGUUUUGGAACUGAAAGAACACAAACUGGAUGGCAAAUUGAUAGACCCCAAAAGGGAGAAGGCUUUAAAAGGGAAAGAACCCCCUAAAAAAGUUUCUGUGGGUGGACUGAGCUCAGAUACUUCUGAAGAGCAAAUAAAAGAAUAUUUUGGAGCAUUUGGAGAGAUUGAAAAUAUUGAACUUCCCAAGGAUACAAAAACAAAUGAAAGAAGAGGAUUUUGUUUUAUCACAGAUACAGAUGAAGAGCCAGUAAAGAAAUUAUUAGGAAGCAGAUACCAUCAAAUUGGUUCUGGGAAGUGUGAAAUCAAAGUUGCACAACCCAAAGAGGUAUAUAGGCAGCAACAGCAACAGCAGAAAGGAGGAAGAGGAGCUGCAGCUGCCGGACGAGGUGGUACAAGGAGUCGAGGACGAAGUCAGGGCCAAAACCGGAACCAAGGAUUUAAUAACUAUUAUGAUCAAGGAUGCGGAAAUUACAAUAGUGCCUAUGGUGAUGAUCAGAACUAUAGUGGCUAUGGCGGAUAUGAUUAUACUGGGUAUAACUAUGGGAACUAUGGAUACGGACAGGGAUAUACAGACUACAGCGGCCAACAGAGCACAUAUGGCAAGGCAUCUCGAGGGGGUGGCAAUCACCAAAACAAUUACCAGCCACACUAAAAGAGGACCUUGGAGAAAAGAGGAGGAAAUACUAAAGUAACCCAUCUUGCAGGACAGUGUUGAAGAUUGGUCUUCUGUUGAUCUAAGACGAUUAUCUUGUAAAAGACUUUCUAGUGUACAAGACACAACUGUCCAACUGUAUAUAGCUGCCAAUUACCUUUCUUUGUUUUUAC